AUGCCGAGACGCGCUCAGCCGACGGCGGCUGCCUCGACGUCUGCCACGGCAGCCCUGGCGCCGCCACCGCCGCAUCCCAUCGCCCGGCGGCUGCGCCGAUCCUGGAAGUUUGCCGCAGUGUGCCAGUUCCUCUUUGUCUUUGACGAGGCGUUCGGCAUGUCCGGCUUCGAGACCGAGAGCCUCGAAAACGACUUUGCAGGGCCCGAGAGCGAAGUCAUCCCAGACCUCAUGAAGCGGCUGCUCUACACGCUUACGCUGGACCGCAAGAUCGAACUCUCCAACUGGCAGGAGCAUCUGCGGCUUCAGUACCUCGCACGCGACCCCGAAGGGAACCCCUUUGGCACCGCCGAGGAGCCGCGUGGCUGGGACAGGCUCUCGCUCGACGACAAGAUCACCUGCCUGCACAACUUGUGCGAGUGGCAGCUCCAGGACCCCGAGAGAUUCCGCAAGCUCGUCAAGUCUGAGGAAGAUACGACGACCUGGAGGGUCUCGCCGAUCGGCUGGGACGCCGAGGACAACGCCUACUGGCUCUUCGACGACAAUCGCAUCUGGAUCCAGCGACCGGCGCCCCCUCCUCCCCAGCCCGCUGCAAAGGCUCGACCGCCCGCAAAGAAGGGCUCCAAGCGGGCUCGCGCGGAAGCUGCGGCCGCCAAACGAGCCGCCGCCGCCGCCAAGUCGACGCCUUCCAGAUCAGCGGCGAAGAAGGCAGCCACAGCGACACCGGCGAGCGGCAGCCGGUCCAGUCCUCGGAAGCGAGGGCGAGUCAGCGAGGUCGAGUCGGACAGCGGCUCGCCAACCCCGAGCAAGAGGGGGCGAGGCGACCACGGCAAGGUGCUCGCGCGGCAACCACCGAGGCGAGGCACGCGCACCUCGGCGCGCUUCAGUAGGGGCGGAGAAUUUGGCUCGAGCAGCGACUCAGAGCUUAGCGACCCGCCGGACGAUGACCAGGACGCCAAGCCCGAAGAAGCCGAGGCGGCACAAGAUGGGGCGGAAGAAGCCGAGCCGGCGGUCGCCAUAGAAGUCGAAGACGUCAGGGAGGAAGGCGAGGAUGCCAAGGCUGGCACAAAAGCGGCGGCCGAGGUCGAUGACGGCGUGGCCGACGCUGCUCAGGCGGACGACCCGGAGGCCGACGAGGACGGCUGGAUCGAGUUCGAGACGAUCGUCAUCACCCGCGCCGACUGGCUCGAGUUUGCGGCGCGCUUUGCCAAGUCAAAGGACCUCAACGAGCGCAACCUGCACUCGUUUGUCAACCACGACAUCCUGCCCACGGUGCUCGCCGCCUUUGACGAGCAGGACCGCCAGCGCGCGCUCGAGGCGGCGCUGGCCAACCGCAAGCGCUCGAGCCGCAUCGCGCUCAAGGAGUCGGAGCGCGAGGAGCGGGAACGAGACCGCGAGGCGCGAGCGAGGAUGGAGGAGAAGAUGGCGCGGCUGCGGCAGGAGGACGAGGAGAAGCGGGCGCGGGAGGAGGAGGAGGCCAAGGCGCAGAGGUCGCGCGAGGACCGCAUCCGCGAGAGGGAGGAGCGCAUCCACGCACGCGAGCGCGAGGCCGAGGAGCGCGCCAUCCGCGAAGAGAUCGAGCGCGAGCGGCGCGAGCGGGACCGCGAGGAGAGGAAGCGGCGGCGCGAGGAGAUCAAUGCCAACGGCGGCAUCCCGCCGCCAGAGGAGGCCACCGCGACGCCCGAGCCCGCCCAGCGCGGCACGCCGAGUCUCGGCGACGCAGCAGCGGCCGCGGCCGAGGACGACGAAGAGGAGAACUGGGAGCUCAACUGCGAGGUAUGCGGCAAGGCCGGCAUCAACCCGCCAGACGAGGGCAAGGAGAUCGUGUGCUGCGAGACAUGCGGCGUCUGGCAGCACGUCCGCUGCUGGAACAAGUUUGACCGCCACGUCCUCGGCCGCAAGAAGAACCGCGACUGGGCCAACGUCGACUUCUACUGCACGCGGUGCCGCCCUCCGCCCGCCGGCAUCCCCACGCCCACGCCCGGCAUGCAUCCCGUCCCGACACCGUCCGGCGCAGACACCAGGAUCGAGCCGUCGCGGCUUCCGUCCGCUCAGCCGCUCCCCGACCCGGCCGCGGGCGCGCAGACGCCCACAGAGGGCAAGCCGAUCGUCGCCGCCCCCACGGGCGCCUCGCCUGCCGCAGCCCCCCUGAGUAGGACAGCGCCCGUGGCCGUUGUCGAGCCCAAGGUGACGCCAUCGCCGUCGCCCGUGGCCGCGGCCGAGUCCAAGGUCACGCCAUCGCCGUCGCAGUCGCCGUUGCCUGCAGGCGGUGCGAUGCUCCCCCCGGCCACCUCUGCACGGCCCCCGGCCCCCGCCGCCGCGGGCAGCGCCAGCCCGGGCACGCCCUCGUCCAACGGCAGGACCAGCCAUCCGCCCGACGCCGCCGCCAGCAUCCCGCCGCGCUCUCCGUCCUUCAGCGGACCUGCGACCAGCCCCAAGUACGCGCGCCCCGCGCAGUCGGCCGGCUCGUUCCCCAUCCGCCACACGCCCGCCAAGUCGCCCCUCUCGCGGCCGUACGACUCUGCCCUCGUUCCGGACAGCAGCGGCGCCUUCAAGGUGCUCGAGGAUGGCGAGCGGAACCCGCCACCGGCAUCGGCCAUCGGACUCGGCCUGCCGCAGCCGCAGCCGCAGGCCAGCGUCGACCCCGACGCCAAGGCGACCGCAGCGUCGGCGACACAGCUCCCCGACGCCACCGUCGCCGCUGCGCCAUCGACCGAAGCCCCCGCCGUCGGCAGCGAGACCUUGUCGAUCUCGACGCCCGCCGCCGUCAAGGCCAGCCUCGAGGCCGCACAGGACGACGGCCGAGGUGCCGUGCAGCCCGAGAGCCCGCGCGCGCCCGUCGCAACCCCCCGCGUCGACGCGUCCGCUCCGUCGCCCGCACCGCCGUCGCAGUGA